UCGUGCAAUUUGGAGGUGGGGGUGCUGCUUCGUCGUCUAUUUAAAUAUAUACAAACGCGCGCGCACAGAGAAUACUAUUUUGGGCCAGGAUCAUGGCGAUGAAAGGGACUGCCGCCAACACCGGGAUCUUGCUCGUGACGGCCAACGUGGGAUCCUUGUUCGACGAUCCAGAAAAUUUACAGAAGAAUUGGCUUCGGGAAUUUUAUCAGGUUGUACAUACGCACAAACCGCACUUCAUGGCGUUGCACUGUCAAGAGUUUGGUGGGAAGAACUAUGAAGCAUCCAUGUCUCACGUGGACAAGUUUGUUAAAGAACUGUUAUCGAGCGAUGCAAUGAAAGACUACAACAGAGCCCGGGUUUACCUAGAUGAGAACUUCAAGUCGCAGGAGCAGUUUACGGCACUGGGAAGCUUUUACUUUCUACAUGAAUCCUUGAAAAACAUUUAUCAGUUUGACUUUAAAGCUAAGAAGUACAAAAAAGUUACAGGGAAGGAAAUCUACUCGGAUACAUUAGAAAGUACACCUAUGCUGGAGAAAGAAAAGUUCCCACAGGAUUAUUUCCCUGAGUGUAAGUGGUCCAGAAAAGGCUUCAUACGAACUAGGUGGUGUAUUACUGACUGUGCCUUUGACUUGGUAAACAUCCAUCUUUUCCACGAUGCUUCCAAUUUAGUUGCUUGGGAAACAAGCCCGUCGGUUUACUCAGGAAUAAGGCAUAAGGCCCUCAGUUAUGUACUUGACAGAAUUAUAGAUCAGCGGUUUGAGAGAGUUUCAUAUUUUGUCUUUGGAGAUUUCAACUUUCGACUGGAUGCAAAGUCAGUGGUAGAGACACUUUGUGCAAAGGCUACAAUGCAGACUAUCCGGGCUGCCGACACUAAUGAAGUAGUCAAGCUUAUAUUCCGUGAAUCUGAUAAUGACCGAAAGGUAGUAUCCAAUGGUGUCCCUCACCCUGAAGGAAGGCUUUUUGAUCCAGUGGAGGCUUCUGUUAUGCUACAAUUAGAAAAGAAACUCUUUGACUAUUUUAAUCAAGAUGUUUUUAGAGAUAACAAUGGCACUGCGCUUUUGGAAUUUGACAAAGAGCUGUCAGUCUUUAAAGACAAAUUAUAUGAACUGGACAUUUCAUUUCCUCCCAGCUAUCCGUACAGUGAAGAUUGUAGCCAGGGAAUGCAGUAUAUGAACACUAGAUGCCCAGCUUGGUGUGACAGGAUCCUUAUGUCACAUUCUGCCAAAGAGCUGAUUCUAAAGUCAGAAAACGAUGAGAAGCAAGUGGUGUACGACCAUAUUGGACCAAAUGUCUGCAUGGGGGACCACAAGCCCGUGUUCCUGUCCUUCCGAAUAGCCGCGGGGGCAGGUAAACCUAUUGCCAAUGUGCACAAGUGUUGUGUCGUGCAGUGAUGUAGUGGUGGGAAAAGAUGCCUCCGAAACGAGAAGAUCUUUCGAGAAAGCUCCUUGUAGUGAGGAGGGAGAGGAAGGACAUGAGAUGCAUCCCAUCGCUUAUACCGUGACAGCUCUAUUCAUCCUCCGGAGUCCGGCGUGCCACGU